GUCGCGUCCGGUCCGGGUAUGCGGGGGGGGGGGGGGGGGGGCAGGCCUCAGGCGUGCAAUUUCCGUGAUACAUCCCAAGCUAGCAGGAGGUCUGAACCGCGUCUGGUCGUUUAGUCUUCGAGCCUAGUUGUGCUCUCGCUUCGUUGACGAUGGAAUGGCGAAGCGAACACCGUUUAUGUCUUUCUGAGACUAGUCAGGCCCGGGCCGCGCCGAGUCUCCGCUCGAUGCUCCGGCCGUCCCAGGCCGUCAACGGCACAAUCUCCUCCAUGCGCACUCGGUAUCGCGCGUCGUCGGAAGCGUGGAACAUGAGGCGAAGGAUAACGACUUCGAGUGUGCGGAAGUCUAUCUUGGGAUCCGUCGCGACGAGACAUCUCCUCCUCGGAGACAUUCAGCCGAUUUUCAUAUUGUUCAUAUUGUCGAUACAGUGGUUCGUUUGUGCCGCCUGCAACGCUGCACGCGAUCCUUUCCAGCUCUAGCCAAGUCCUG